UUUCCCGUGAGCCCUCGGGGAGUGGUCCGACCGCGGGCGGCCGCCGGUGAGGUAGGGGCGGGAGGCGGGGGGAGACAUGGCUCGGCGCGGCUGGCGGCGGGCACCCCUCCGCCGUGGCGUCGGCGGCGGUCCCCGAGCCCGCAGGCUCAUGCGGCCCCUUUGGUUGCUCCUCGCAGUGGGCGUCUUUGACUGGGCAGGGGCUUCGGACGGCGGCGGCGGAGAGGCGAGAGCCAUGGACGAGGAGAUCGUGUCCGAGAAGCAAGCCGAGGAAAGCCACCGGCAGGACAGCGCCAACCUGCUCAUCUUCAUCCUGCUGCUCACCCUCACUAUUCUCACGAUCUGGCUCUUCAAGCACCGCCGGGCCCGCUUCCUGCACGAAACCGGCCUGGCUAUGAUUUAUGGUCUUUUGGUGGGCCUUGUGCUUCGGUAUGGCAUUCACGUUCCGAGUGAUGUAAAUAAUGUGACCCUGAGCUGUGAAGUGCAGUCAAGUCCAACUACCUUACUGGUAAAUGUUAGUGGAAAAUUUUAUGAGUAUACGCUGAAAGGAGAGAUUAGUUCACAUGAACUCAAUAAUGUUCAAGAUAAUGAAAUGCUUAGAAAGGUUACUUUUGAUCCAGAAGUAUUUUUCAACAUAUUACUUCCUCCUAUCAUAUUUUAUGCAGGUUAUAGCCUGAAAAGGAGACAUUUUUUUCGAAAUCUCGGGUCUAUCCUAGCAUACGCUUUUCUUGGAACAGCAAUUUCUUGUUUCGUUAUUGGGUCAAUAAUGUAUGGCUGUGUAAUGCUGAUGAAGGUAACGGGACAACUUGCAGGAGAUUUUUACUUUACAGAUUGCCUACUGUUUGGUGCCAUUGUAUCAGCAACUGAUCCAGUGACUGUUCUUGCUAUAUUCCACGAGCUUCAAGUUGAUGUUGAACUCUAUGCACUUCUUUUUGGUGAAAGUGUCCUCAAUGAUGCUGUUGCCAUAGUGCUGUCCUCCUCAAUCGUGGCAUACCAGCCAGCUGGAGACAACAGUCACACCUUUGAUGUCACAGCGAUGUUCAAGUCUAUUGGGAUCUUCCUUGGAAUCUUCAGUGGAUCUUUUGCGAUGGGUGCUGCUACUGGAGUGGUGACAGCUUUAGUGACAAAGUUCACCAAAUUACGGGAGUUCCAGUUGUUGGAGACAGGCCUGUUCUUCUUGAUGUCCUGGAGUACCUUCCUCUUGGCUGAAGCAUGGGGCUUCACAGGUGUGGUUGCAGUAUUGUUUUGUGGCAUCACACAAGCACAUUAUACAUAUAAUAAUUUGUCCACGGAGUCUCAGCAUAGAACUAAACAGUUGUUUGAGCUUCUCAAUUUCUUGGCAGAGAAUUUCAUCUUCUCCUACAUGGGACUGACACUGUUCACCUUCCAGAACCAUGUCUUUAACCCAACAUUUGUAGUAGGAGCAUUUGGUACUAGCCAUGUCUUUUGUAGAAUGUCCUGCAGUUGGAACUUGUCUGAUAUUUUCCCCAUGAUUAGACUGGAGUUACAUGUUCUUUGGGAGGAAGACCACAGAGGUAGAAGAAGUAAGAUUGGAUCAAAUUUUCAACAUAUGAUGAUGUUUGCUGGCCUUCGUGGUGCAAUGGCAUUUGCCUUGGCCAUUCGAGAUACUGCCACUUAUGCACGGCAAAUGAUGUUCAGCACCACGCUUCUGAUUGUGUUUUUUACCGUGUGGGUAUUUGGCGGUGGCACCACUGCAAUGCUGUCAUGCUUGCAUAUCAGGGUUGGUGUUGAUUCAGACCAAGAACACUUGGGUAUUCCUGAAAAUGAAAGGAGAACUACCAAAGCAGAGAGUGCUUGGCUUUUCCGGAUGUGGUACAACUUUGAUCAUAACUAUCUGAAGCCUCUGCUGACUCACAGUGGGCCUCCGCUGACAACAACACUCCCUGCCUGCUGUGGACCCAUCGCCAGGUGCCUCACCAGCCCCCAGGCUUACGAAAACCAGGAACAGUUGAAAGAUGAUGAUUCUGAUCUUAUUCUCAAUGAUGGCGAUAUCAGUUUGACAUAUGGAGAUUCUACUGUGAACACUGAAUCGGCCACAUCCAGCGCUCCAAGGAGAUUUAUGGGAAACAGUUCUGAAGAUGCCUUGGAUCGGGAACUUGCAUUUGGGGACCAUGAACUGGUCAUUCGAGGAACACGCCUGGUUCUUCCAAUGGAUGAUUCUGAACCCCCGCUAAAUUUGUUAGAUAAUACGAGACACGGUCCAGCCUAAGCUUACUAAUACUCACUUAGUGAUUUGUAAAAUUUGCACAUGUGAUUGUGAAGAAAUUUGUACUACCUAAAAGUCCCAGUGCAUGUCUCUGAAUGUGUAAGCUAUAUAAAUGCUAUUUAUAUGGCAUAGAAAGAAUAUAAAUAUCCUGUACGCGGCAGAUUGUGAACAAACUAUAUUCCUUUAAGUUUUCCUGGUUGCACUCUGUAGACUGGAUCUGUUUUAGAAAGUUACUUUCACAGUGAUGUUAUGUGUUCUGUUAGUUUUAUGUCUCAGUUAAAGUAUAAAAAGUGACGGAUUUUCUCUUUCUUAAACUUACCUGACACUUAACCAGAGUACCAAGUUCUCGUGAUGUGAAUUAAUUUUUUGUGUGUGUUAGGGGAGGGAGAGUGAGGAGGGCAUGUUAGUUCCUUGGGAACCCAGGGAGGAGAGGUUCCUUUAUUGGGAAACUUGUUGAUAGCUGCUGCCUUUGUCCUGACCGUUUUCUUUCCCUUUUCUCUGGUGGCCUGUUGUGGUGCAAGGAGCUGAUGGCAUUUGAUCUUGCCCCAUUCAGGUUGGGGAGUGAAGUGUGGGGACCCUUUUCCCCCGCUUGCUGUGAAAGCACAGAUUCAUCGACUAGAGUACACUGUUGUUCAGAAAAGAAGGCUGCAAAUGACUUCUGAGACCUUGUGUCUUUUCUUCCAGGCCGAGACCAUAGAAGGAGUCGCAUCUAGCCAGCUUAGCCAAAGUACAGGUGUAUAUAGUUCAGGGCACUUGAUUUAGAUUUGGAGGGGCUGGGGUGGGUAGAGAGCAAGAGGCAAGUAAAGAGAAUGAUGGUUUCAGAGAUCUCUCUUCCCAAAUGUGUAAAUAUUCUAUACCAGAUAAGUUUAAAUAAGAAAUUUAAUUGCUGCUUAAUUUUUGAUCAUGUACUUUAUCUGUAUAGCAAGCUUUGUCGUCAGAAGUUUUUAUAUCAAUUUAAAUUGCUGCUCUUUAGCAGCCAAACAGGAGCAAAAUGUAAAAUUUUUCAACUUACUGUGUCUAAUCAUCAUUUGUUAGUCUGUAGUUAAUGUCAACAGUUAAUUUAUGAACCCACGAUCGUUCCACACUACACCAAAGUCAGUCAUAAGAGAAAUCGAAUAUUCUGGGCAUUGAUUGCAGCAAGGUGACUGCUUUGUGUGCAGGAGGUGUAGUAGUCUUCAUUUUCAUGGUACUUUUUAAUAUUAAUUAUCUAAGCUGCCAUGCAUUUUUUUUUUACAGUUUUCAAGGAAGAGCACAGAACAAUUUCUCAUUUCAUAUUUGGAGUAUGAAAGUAGAUUCUAUUUUGUAAUGCUGAUAAUACCUAAAGGUGCAUGGAAUGCUUGGAAGAAUACUUUUUGAUGUUGAUUUUGACCUGUUCAUGAUUCAGAAGAAAAACAAACUGUUUUGGAUUUUUUUCCCCUCAGGUCUGAGUAGCAUUGCCUUAAAUCUUACCCAGUCAGAACAUUGGUUUAUUUACAUGAUGUUCAUAUUUUCCAGUGAAAAAUACCCUUCCGAACAAAACAUGUACUUACUCUCCAAAAGGUAUCUGUGCUAUUACAAACACUCCUUGAGAUUUGAAGGGAAUUCUAAUAUACCCUUUCGUGGCAGCUUUGACUGUUGGCAUAGCCAUUUGUUAUGUAGUGGUAGCGACUUUCCUGCUAUGCAGGAAUCCCUCCCAUGAAGUGUAUGUUUUACAUGAUGUGUGCCUCUUCACGCGGUAAAUAGUUUCUUGUUAAUGUAUGUUUGAGGGGUUUGAACGUCAGUGUCAUUUACCCACAAAGUUAUUCAAGUUGUAAAAGGUUAUACAAUAAUUUAACAACUACCUUUUUUUAUUCUGUCGGGUUACUGACCUCACUUUAUGUAAAUACUUCGCAUGACAAAUUCAGUAACUCUUCUAUUUCAGCAUGCAUAAGACUUUUCACUAGGGAAACUGAUAAAGCUUGAGUGAAAUAAAUCUGCCUUCAUACUUUAUCAAGGGGAACCAAGCCUGCUGUGUUUAACAUCAGCAUCUGGAAGAUUUUCCUCUCCUCUAAUCUGUGUACACAUCUCCAAGAAAGGAAGAAAAAACAAACUCUGCUCAGACGCCUAUGAAACACCUGAAUGAACUUUGAUGAAGUCCAGUCUGAGUUGCCAUCAUGCACAAGUAGAACUGCUCUUGGACUUGUUUUCCUGUUGUUUGUGGAACCUACGCGUUUGAAUGACUUGAAUGUUGCAUCUUUUAAAGUUAUUUUUUAAGAUUUCUUGGCAUUUAUCCUAGUUGUCCGUGUUUGGCAAUGUGCUGUUAAAGUAAUAGACUUUUAAUCUUUAUGUAUUUUUUGUUUUCUCUGGAGUACUUGGACGGAUGUUAUAGUGGUUUCUUUUAGGAAAAUCUGUCAUUAAAAAAGUUAUAGCCUUGCAAAUAACCACUCACA